AUGUCUCCCACUGUAAGUAUCGGCUCUUCAGGCCAGUUCAGUAAGCUCUUGGGCACCUCGAACGUUGUCAUUACAGAUUUCUACGCCGACUGGUGCGGUCCCUGCAAAACUAUCUCUCCAACCUUUGAGUCCCUCUCUACGAAAUACUCCAAGCCGAACCGUAUCACUUUCACCAAAGUAAAUGUCGAUAAUCAACAGGAAAUCGCCCAGCAGUAUGGAGUUUCAGCCAUGCCAACCUUCCUCAUCUUCCGCAAUGGCAGCGUAAUAAAUACCAUCAAAGGCGCCGAUACCCGUGGCCUCACGACCGCCAUCGAAAACGCCGUCAAGCUCGCCGGUCCCAUCGCACCUCCCGUCUUCUCUACGCAAGGCCGCACGCUUGGUGGAGCACCCUCCCGCGGCACAUCGUUAAGACGACCGUUCGACUGGAGGCGAUAUGUUGAUGCCAUCGCCGCAUUUUUGGGACUGUACCUGGUCAGUUUGUUCAGCUUCGAUGCUUACAAAGCUGCAGAGGACAGCUAUUUCAAUAUCUACAGAGACCCGAGACUGGCGGGACGUGCGAGCGGUGCUUCGAGGAAUGUGCCGGGAGGAAAAGUUGAUAAGAGGACUGGCGCAGGGACAUCUGUAGGAAAGAAGCUGGGAACUAUUGCGGAUUUGGGGGGAGAUUAG